CCGCAUCACACUCAGCUGUUCAUUCCCAUCGCGUCGUUGAUCGUUGCGUUUCGUUUGGUAUUCGCGGUUCCUAUGUCGGUGUGUGUUUCGGAUUUUGUGUUGCUGCCGUCUCGUCAUUGGAAUAAUUAUCAAAAUCAUCAUCAUCAUGGUACCUAGUUGCACGGCCGAGCUCAAUAAGCUGAUGAAUGAAUUAGAAGUAAGCGAACUGGAGGCUCCAACUGGAGUUCUUAGUGUCCAAGCUUAUAUGCAACUACUGACUAUCUACCUCCAUCAGAAUGAUCUGUGCAACGCAAAGUACCUCUGGAAGAGAAUCCCUUCAGAUAUGAAGACCGCCAACGAGGAGCUCGGUCGGGUGUGGACGGUAGGCCAAUGCAUGUGGCAGCGCAACUGGCCCGCGGUUCAUACGGCCCUCAAUGUGGAAUGGAGCGAAGAUGUCAAAGACGUCAUGACAGCACUCAAAGACAAUGUUCGAGAACGGGUGAUGAGGCUGAUAUCGAAGGCAUAUUCGUCCCUGAACCUGGCGACCAUGGCGACGAUGAGCGGAAUGUCGUUGGAUGAGGCGCGACAGGCUGCCAUCGAUAGGGGUUGGACCGUCGAUGGCACCAUAGUACAACCGCGCAAACAGAUCGACGAGGAACAAUACAGCCAAUCGGACAAGAUCUGCCUGACGGAGGAGCAGCUGCAAAAGCUCACGCAAUUCGUGUCCUUUUUGGAGAAUUGAGGAAGCUACGCCGUUCCUUGUUAUCCUCGGCAUGUGAACUCGGAUUUGCCGCGCGGUCUCUAUGACGGACUUAAAAUUCCUCUCGCAAUCUCGCCUCGUAAUCCUAUUAUAUAAAGGAGGAAGUGCGCGCCAAAGGUAACAUCAUCGAUGUUCGCGUUCAUAAAAUAGGCAUACCUCGGUGAGAGUAAGAGAGAGAGAG